AGUGCCUGCUCACUGUGCCCCCGGGUUAUGACGACCCCCAAUAAAGGAAACAAGGCCUUGAAGGUGAAGCGGGAGCCUGGUGAGAAUGGCACCAGCCUGACGGAUGAGGAGCUGGUGACCAUGUCAGUGCGCGAGCUAAAUCAGCACCUGCGGGGCCUGUCCAAGGAGGAGAUCAUCCAGCUGAAGCAGCGCCGGCGCACUCUCAAGAACCGUGGGUAUGCAGCCAGCUGCCGUGUCAAACGGGUGACCCAGAAGGAGGAGCUGGAGAAGCAGAAGGCAGAGCUGCAGCAGGAGGUGGAGAAGCUAGCCUCUGAGAAUGCCAGCAUGAAGCUGGAGCUUGAUGCCCUGCGUUCCAAGUAUGAGGCCCUGCAGAACUUUGCCAGGACCGUGGCCCGAAGCCCUGUGGCCCCAGCUCGGGGCCCCCUUGCUGCCGGCCUGGGGCCCUUGGUCCCUGGCAAGGUGGCUGCCACCAGCGUCAUCACAAUAGUAAAGUCCAAGACGGACGCCCGGUCUUAGGGAUAUGUGCGAUUGCUGGGCGGUUCUUGGAGGGGCCACUAGGCGCAUGGCAAAGUUGGCAGCCCUGUCCCUCUUCCUCUUUUUUCUUCCUCUUCUCCUCUCCCCCGUCCUCCCUUCCCUACAAAGCACAACCUGCACCCUAGAGGGGCCGGGCUGAGCCCCUUUGAUCUCAUCGUUGUCGUGCGUGUGUUUUGUACGUUGGGAUUGGUCAGUUUGGCAGUGAUGUUGGGUUGUGCCAACCCCCUUUGUACCAAGGCCAUGUGGGCUAGGAGUCCAGAGUGGGCACUGUGGGAAUGGAUGAGGGAGAGACCGAGAGCAAGUGAGCAAGUGCACUGGGCCUCAGGUCUGCCCUCCUCUCCUGCAUCCCUGCAGGCCCCACAGGCUGCUGGGCUGGGAUGGGACUCAAGGGGUUCUCUCUUCACACCCAGCUGGGCAGCUCAGCUCAGUCCAGCAGGAAGAGAUGGGCUCUACUCUGAGAAGUGGGAUGCCUUCAAGGGCCCAGGACAGGUGAGCCACCAGCCUGGGCUCCGUAGGCGCUGGGGUAGGGGCUACAGCGCUUGGGCCUGAUGUGGUGCACUGAACAAGACCAAAUCACUGGUUGUAUGUGUGGAGGGUGUGUCAGUGUGUCCUGCGAUGGGUCCUAUGUCACUGUUUACAUGACCUGUUUGUGUGGUUAUAUAGCCCUUUAUUUAAAAGAAAAGUUCCUUUUACGAAGUUAUUAAAUUAUAUGUUUAAGAGCUAAAGAGAAAAAAGAGCUGCAGAGUAUUUAUAAAAUUGUCUUUUAAAAAAAAACAACAUUUGACCAUAUAAAUGGAAAAGGGAAGAAAGUAUGAUAGAAACUUUGCUAGUUUAAAAAAAGAAAAAAAUCCCUUUCUUGUAAACUUACGGACAACUCUUUGUGGCUGUUGGAGUUUAGUUUUUAUAUACACAGAGUUAUCAGACAUUAUUUAUAAAACUUAGUUUAAAAAAAAGACAAAAAAAAAAAAAAAAAAAAAAAAGCCAAGCCGCGAGCCAACCGGAGGCACCCUCUUUGAUAUCUUUUGCAAUUGUACCGAAAGUGACUUACUCUUCUGCCCUUCCUGCUUCCGUCUCUUGCCGGUGCCGUGGUGGUGCCGUGGUGUUGUCUGUGCCUGGUGAGGUUUUGUGCAGCCGUAAAGUGCUGGUGCUUCUGGUGACCUUUGACCUGUGGCUGUCCCUUCUUGUGCGUUCUCCUGUGUUUGUUUUUUGGAUUUGGUUGUAUUUCUUCUGCUACUGGCUUGCCAGACCUGAACUGGGCUGGGUCUUAGGCAGCACCAGCUCCAUCAGAGUAUAUGGAGGGGUCUGUGCCCAGGAGCCCAGCUUCUGCUUUCAGCACCUGCCCCUUUCCCAGCUCGUCUGCCACUCCUACCCCUGCUGAGCUUUGGUUUCCUGUGUGUCUGGAGCUUGGGCUGAUCCUGUGGUAGGGUAUGGUGAAACUGAGGGCCCAUUUGGGGUCCCUGCACUGCUUCUACAUCCACCACCUUUGGCCCUGGGUGGUGGUGAUGCAGGGACCAAGAUUCACUGUGGGUACCCACAAGGUCAUGGCUAAGCUGUCCCUGGCUGUCUUCCUUCUGCCUUGGCUAUGUUCAUGUUCAUAUAGGCUUCAUGAAGAGCCACAGGCAGGACCUCUAGGGCCCAUCUUGUGGGUUUUGAAUCCCACCAUUCAUUUAUCCUAAACUGUUUCCAUGCUAUAUGGGGUGUUGCUUCCCAUGCAGAUUGGUCAGGGGCCCCAUUAAGGGCAGCCCCAUCCUCCCCUGCCUCACUGUGAGGUCCUGGGUGGCUUCACCAGUCCCAGACACGGGCUCUGACUCCAGAGCUGUUUCUUCUCUGCUCUGGGACCUCCUUCCACCUCCUUUGGAGUCUGUCUUCCAGGGACCUGCUGCUCAACUUGGAGGUGCUUCCUUUGGAAUCUGAGCCCACCUCCUCAUUCCAGCUUCCUGGUGAAGAUUCCCACCUUCCUUCCAGGUUGGCACAGGAAGUUCCUCAUGGGUGUGUGGCCUAGGUGGGUGUUCAUGUGCCCACCUGAAAGAGGCUACAGCCUGAUCUCUAGCAACCUGGGCCUUGGGCUCUUGACAAAGUUGCUGGCUUUUCUCCGGGGACCCUGGAACCUGAAAAGCACAGAAAUAUGGGCUGGUGAGAGAGAAGAGUAUGGCCUGACUGGGCUUUACCUCAUGGACAGCAGAAUUUUUACUGAGUUUGACCUACUUAUCUUGUGAUAGGGGCUGAGCAUCUACUGGCCCUGGUGCCUUGACAGUCUCCUUUUGCUCAAAGUGAUCAGAUUCUACUAUUGGUGUCUGAGGCCACUGCAAAGGGACAUUUUGUCUGUUGGCAUCAUCCCUUCCCUCCAUGGGGUUAUCUAACUGGAGUCCAGAUGUGAGUUGCUAGUGUUGGCUAUGUAGCAGUAGAGAGUCGGAAUGGAUCAUGCUUAUCCCUAAAGAAGCGGGUGGGGGCACGCACCUUUGGACCUGGCUGGGUGGUGGUUCCUCAGUGAAUGUGCCCUCCAGGUGCCGACCAGCACGUAUAGGGAGUAUGCUAGUGACAGAGAGGAGGCUGGGGCUGGGUGCGUGUUGACAGAAGGUGCGGGUCUUGGUUAAGUUUACAGAACCUUCUCUAGUUGGUAAGGCGGUGCUUCCUUUCAUGGUUUUUAGGGCAGCUGUUCCUUGGGUUGGGGAGUAUACUGGCUUCUAGUCAAGCUAAGCUUGCGGGGCCACUUCAUCCCUUUGCUACCAUCUUGAUUUACUGACAGUAGAUCCUCUGUCCACAUCUGUUACCUGUCUUUCUGGUCCCUGUUAAUUCCAUUUUCCUGCUGUGAGGAUAUUGUGGUCUACUUUUAUCUUUCAGCUUUUCUGACACAGCGAAUUGAGGGCUUUGGCCAAGACCAGGUCUCCCAAACAAGUCCGCUAAGUAAAUCAUAAUGUGCGUCUUCCCUCCCACCUUGACUUUUUGCCCUUUAUCCUCCUCUCUUGAAAUGUACAGAUUUCAGAGGAGAAACCCAGGGUGAACAGGUCAGCUCUUGCCAAAGAGUAUGGCCCCAGGGCACCCUCCCUGUGGUCCCUGCCUGCUGUUCCAGGGUGGCGCUGCCAUUAGUUCAGGUGCUCUGUGGCUACUCUGUGUUGUGUGCAGGGUUUUCUGCUGGCACCAGGCCUCCUUGUAGGCUGCCCUUGGUCUACUAUUGAGGUCUAUGUGCUCACCUGUCAGCAGUAGCCUCUGUGGUCAGUGCCUGGGCUUACCGCUUUGAUAGGCUAUAGCAGGCUACAUCCCUGCUGCCUUCCUCUCUGGAGUGGCCACUUGGCUAAAGCUCCCCUCCACAGCUGGGAAGCCUGAGCCACAGCCUGCUGCACCAUUUCCGCUCUGGGAUCUUGUGAGUUACUUUUUUAGGCUGUGGUUUGGUGAAAGGAACCAACACAUUAACGACUUUUUCCCCUAGAAGCCACUGGAUAAUUCUUGGCAUGUUUUUGCUUUCCUGUUGGGUGUUUGGUUUUGGAGCUGCUGUGGAGAGCAGAGGACAUAAUCCGUGGCACACAGAGGCAAGGGUGUGCCCGUACUUCCCAUGGCUUGCAUGACCGGGGCGUGUACUGUACCUGCUGGGCCAGCCACAUACAAUUCUACCGCACCCCUGGAACAGCCACGUUGAUACGGGUGUGCCUCCAGUCCGAGAUGGAGCAUAAAUGUUCCAGUGAGCUGUGAGACCUCCCUGUUUUUGGUGACCCUAGUUAGGCUCUGAACCCCACCAGCAGCCUCAUGUCCCAGCCCUGCUCUUCCUCCUGUUCCCUCCAUUUGCUAGUCCCUGAAGCCUUUAACCAAACGGGAGUGGGUACAGAAAGCCUUCUCCUGGCAACUUAGGGCAACAGGACAAGGGCUAUCCUGUCCCACUCUGUUGGUCUCUUUUUCUGUUGAGGUGUGUCCAAGCAGAGUUCAGCUGAGGGCUGAGCCAAGGAAGCCAAGGAUCUGCUGGGGUGGGGUGGAGGAUCCUUGAAGAUCUGGGUGAGGCGUGGUGGGCUCUGGCUGUGAGGGGUGAGGCCUGGGACCCUGCACCAGUGUGGGGUGGUCAAGGGCCUGGCCUCGGCGGGCAGCCACCUUGCUGCCCCACCUGUGCCCUGUGCAGUAUUUAUUGCUAAAUUAUUGUCCAGGAGGGGUGGCGCUCGGUCUGGGCCCCCCCCGGGUAUUUAUUGCUGUAUAUAGUGUAUGUUUGUGAUAUAUAAGGUUUUCUUUAUUUUGUAUAUGAUCAAUAAACGCCUUUUAAACAUC